UUACGUUAUAGCCUCAACACACUUUUGAAAGAACCAUGUGCCUUAGCCACUAAGAAUAGAGCAGAUAUUUUUUGUUCAAAUAAAUCAUGUUAUUGCUUAAGAUUGCAUUUACAUCUGUCUCACUAUUAAAUUACUAUUUAAUGUUUACAAACCAUUGUUUUGUACCUGCACACCUUUGAAUAUUUGAGUCAGAUUUAGAGUGCAGUAUUAGAUCACACAGUUUCAUAAUGUACAUAAAUAAAUUUGGUAUUCAUGAUUAAUCGGAAUCAACCAAGGAACCAUUUUUUGAAUAAAAAAGGUACCCCCACCAAAAAUAAAUAAGUAAAUAAAUAAAAAUGAUGGGAGUGUAUGGGAAUUUGAUGUGGGUGAGAGCCUGAUGACUACUUUGAUGACUGAGGGGAGCACACAAAUAACAAAGGACAGAGAAACACCCCGUCGGUCAAUUUAACACAAAAGUUAUCUUAAAUCACUCGUACUAGCAAUUUAAGAACAAUUAUGUUCAUACGAGUGGUUCUUGUAUGAGGCCUAUUGUCAGGCUGGACAAUCUACCUAUAGCCAAUUCUCAGCUUUCUAGCAGAGACAACAAGAUUCUCUGUCAAAAUGUCCUGGUACAUUGUGCCUUUGAUCUUAAUUACAGCUCUUGGACCACUGGCAGCAAAACAUCUCCCAAACAUCAAAGACCCACCUCCAUAUUUGACAGUAGUUUGAAAGCAGAGCAGGAGGGAGAGACCAGACUUUUACUGGAGUGUGACAGCUCAGUGCAGGACGCCCUUCAGAGGCACAUGAAGAUGUACAAGAUUCGCAGAAAGGUGACCAUCAGCCCUUGUGCGGACCUUUCUCUGUGGGCCGUGGUUCCCCGGGACAGAGAGGGGGGCGGGGGGGACGAGCGGCCUGAGCUCACAGCUCCAGAGAAAGCGCUGGUCUGGGAGCUGGACCCGAGAACCAAAACCAUGGGCUGGAGGCUGGUGACGGACAAACUGCUCAACCCUCUUGAGCUGAUGGGAGACAUCCAGCAGGGGGAGACGGAACAUUACCACAGGCAUCGCUACAACAUAGGACUGCCCGAGGGGGUGAAGGAUCUGCCUCCGGGCGUGGCCCUGCCCCUGGAGUCCAACCUGGUCUACAUGCAGGGGAUCAGCUUCUCCAAGGGCUGCUACAUCGGCCAGGAGCUGACGGCCAGGACCCACCACACGGGCGUGGUGCGGAAGCGGCUCAUGCCUGUGCGCCUCUCGCCCCCGGCCCAGGUCUCUGCAGAGGGGGCGGACCUGUGCACGGAGUCGGGCAAGCCGGCGGGGAAGCACCGGGCGGACGUGGGAGAGGUGGGCCUGAGUUUGGUGCGGCUAGCGCAGGCCAGAGAGACACUACUGCUGAAGCCCUCCCCGGACACCACCCUCACUGUGAAAGCCUGGGCGCCGGACUGGUGGCCUAAAGACCCCAAAGCCAAAUGAGCAAUGGCGCCGACCCGCCUGUCAUGAUACCACCUUUCUUUGAUCUUUUAGGAUGCAAGACUUUUCUGAAUUGGUCUUGGGUGUUUAUUCACUAGCUUAUUUAAAAAAAACUUGUUUUUGUAUAAUGAAAAAAUAUCCAGCUUGUCAGCUUAUUGUUUGAGUGAGUUAAUUCAUUUGUGAUUGCUGGACAUUUCAGUAUCGUAAUGGUCCAUUGUUAUGUGAACUAUGAAAAUUAUCCAUUUGAAUUAAGCUUUCUUAAUGGAAACGCAUGUGUGGUGCUUUACAUUACAUUAAAUUCUGCAUUACAUUUUAGGAACCUGCCCUGUUAAAGCACUUACAUGUUACUGUGACAAAUGUAAAGACUGUUUGAGCAGAUAUCAGCUUCCUUGGACAACAGUCCAUAACUUCUAGCAAAUGUCUGAACAUGCGUUAACUACUGUCUGUGUAAAACAAUAUGGCAACACUGAAUUAAUUGUGCUAACUAAUAAUGUGCUAUUGAUAAAGCAGCCGAUUUGCUAUCAAAACUAAAUGAUUGCUUUAAAGGAAAACACCAACACUUUGGGAAAUUUCUGACUUGCCCAGACUUAGACGAGAUGUUCGAUUUCAUUUUUGUGUAUUCACUGGCUCAAUUUCCAUGUUAGCAUAACGUGUUUAUCAUAAAGACUUGAAGCCUUUAAGAGUCAGUACCCUUCAUUUAUUCAAAGAAUGGCAAAUGCUAUCGUGUGUUUUUGAAUACACGUGCGAGAAGAAAAAUAGUAACAACGAGACUUUGUUUCUACUGUUGGUGUUUUCCUUUAAGAAAUGGGGCGUACAUCAGGACUUCUGCUGUAGUGAGCAUUCUGGCGCCAAACGGAUGCCCAACAUUAGUGGUGGAUGAGUAAUUUCUGUUCCAUUGGAUGCAAGUCACUGAGGUCAUAGGAUGAAACAUCUUGGCCUUUUUGAGCAUUCUAGCUACAGUACAUUUACAUUACAGUUUAGUCAUUUGGCAGACGCUUCUAAUCCAAAGCGACAGUAAAUCCAAACCGUUUAUUUCAGAGUCAUGCUCAUAAAGAAAUGCAAGUGAAAAACAGUUUCAGAAAAGCUCUUUUGUUGCCCUAGAUAAGUGACAGCGUAGUACCAAUCUGUUCAUUCCCCAGCUUAUGGCCACCCGCUGUCUCAGGACAGUACCAUAGUAAUCAGGAAAAUAACCUAUAUUUGCUAUGAAAUAAUCUGUCACUAUGCAGUACAUGCAAGAUGAUUGUUUAAUAUCAAUAAACUAAAGAUAUUUAUACAUAA